GCCCCGGAAGGCGGCCAGAGCCCGGCCCGGCCGCGAUGCUGCAGCUCCGGGACGCGGCGGAGGGAGGCCCGGCCGGCAGCCCCGGCAGCCCCGGGGCGGCAACGCUGGUGCCGGGGGAGGCCGGGCCGCCCUUCCAGCCGGCCGCCUGCGGCUCCCCCGCCGCCCCGGCGCCCCCCCGGCAGACGCUGCGGCCGCUCAGCGUGCGCACCGCCCCCCGCGCCGGCCGCCUCCGGGAGUACUUCGUGUUCCGGCCCGGCACGAUAGAGCAAGCGGUCAGCGAGAUCCGCGUGGUCGUGACGCCCGGCGAGGACGGGGACGUGCAGAGCGUCUGGCUGCUCACCGAAAUUGAUCACUGGAACAACGAGAAGGAGCGUCUCGUUCUUAUCACGGAUCGGUCCCUCCUGAUCUGCAAAUACAACUUCAUCAGCCUGCAGUGCCAGCACGUGACGAGGAUCGCGCUCGGGGCAGUUGACACCGUCUCUGUGGGAGAGUUUGAGUUCCCACCGAAAUCUCUGAACAAGCGAGAAGGUAUCGGUAUUCGAAUUCAGUGGGACAAGCAAAGCCGCGCCUCCUUCAUCAACAGGUGGAACCCCUGGUCCACCAACAUCCCAUACGUCACCUUCACCGAACAUCCGAUGGCAGGCGCCGACGAGAAGAUUGCGUCCCUUUGCCUGUUGGAAAACUUUAAAACUCAGCUAAUUCAAGCUGUGAAGAAAGCCCAUAAGGAGUGUCCCUUGCCAGGAAGGGCUAAUGGGGUGCUAGUGCUGGAGCGUCCUCUUCUGAUCGAGACCUACCUGGGAUUGAUGUCCUUCAUCAACAACGAGGCCAAACUUGGCUACUCCAUGACAAGAGGCAAAAUUGGAUUUUAAAAUUCAUUGCAUUUAAUCUUUUCAAGGGAAGGCGAUUGGGCAUCGCUCUCCUGGGGAGAACUCGCUGUGUGGCAGAAUACUCGAUAAGCAAAGGGAAGAAGUUGGGGGAACAAAGCGGUGUGAUAGAAUGAAGGGUUCAUGGAGGCCCUGGGUGCUCCAGAGAAUGCACAGGCCAGAUUAACCUGAAGCAGACACAGGGUAGUGUCAUUCUUGUAUUUUGUAUCUAAUUUACAGGUCUUACACAGGGCUAGUGAGCAGCCGUGUUUCCCAUUUCUAACUACAUGUGCUUCCCUGUUAAUUAAGGGGGAGCGGGCUCUGCUACAGCCGCUCUGCACAAAUACCCCCGACGCAGCAGAACGCUGGGGCCAUAUGACAGUUGUAUCCCUGCGUGUGCUGUCAAAUCACGGAGCCUUCCUGGGCUGGACUGGCAUUGUUUAAGAGGUGUUAGCGUUCACAACUGCAGCAGCCUUUGCCUUUGGGUUAAUGCCUGUUAGGAAUUCUGAAAGCUGUGCCAGUCGUUCUUAAGUGAAACGGAGUCAGCAGUUUUUGUUAAAGCUGCACUGCUGCGGCCGCUCGGAAGCAGCGUAUGUCAGCUAUUACGUUGUGAACGCAGUACGUGGCUGAAUAUGCCUUGAUUAGCUUUUUGUAAGAAUACCCCCCCCCCCCCCCAACCAAACUUCCUAGUUUCUUGUGCAUGCUUUCUGGCUGCAGCCACAGAAUAAAGACUCUUUUGAGAUAAUAUUACCAAAAGAUUCACAAAUACAUUUGCCUUCAAAGCAAUUACUUAUAAAGCUGAAAAGGAAUUCUAUUUUGAUUAGAUUUAUAUUCUUUGCAAUUUUUCUUAAGCCUACUCUAGUCUGGGACAGCAGCAGUGCAGGACUUUAACGGAGACAGAUAAAACUUUAAGCGCUGUACGUCAAUCAUGAUUUAUACGUUUUAAACUUAACCUCGUACAAGUGUCCAAUAAUGAAAUUAGAAGCAGCAUAAGAGCUCACGCAUCUGCUCUAACAAGCUUUUCAUUGUGUACAACCUCCUAGACAUGCCGUUUUAUCAGAGCAUUUAUCUGCGUAACUGCAAUGCUGAAUAAACGCUGUGCUGCGGUGGUGUAUUUUCGAACUUCAGUAGAUGUGUGUUUAUGAAGCUUAUGUAAAGCUGAAGUCACGACAGAAUGCAGUGAGUUGCAUGUCCCUCUUGGUGCAUCUUCUAAGAUAUCUAAUUUCCAUUAAUCUUGCAGUAAAGUCAGAUUUCAACUCUAUUUGUUCUUCGUUCUUCAUUUUGUGGAGACCGAGGCUAUGAAGUUAAGCAGCAAAAGAAAACACAUCCAAUAAAUUCCUAGACGAUAGGCUCCCUUCCUUUGAAGGAUUCUGGUGACCUCAGGUUAAAGGAUAGUCCAACCACCCACUCCAGUUUGGCUCUCGGUCAUUGGGUCAAAAGCUCCCAUUUCAGUUUCCUAUAAUAAAUCAUUCUACCAUACCAGUUAUGAUCCUUCUUGGGAAGAUUCAAUGUAAUAAAUCCAUGGUAGACCAGGCACAACUACUGUCACCUGGUAGCAUCUUAGUCUGGAAAAGCAAAAUUAUUACUGCAGACAACUUAAUUUGCGUUCUGCUUUAGCAGCAAUGGGGUUGCUAGAAAGUCUCUUACUGAUGUUAUCUGCCUCUGCUACCGUAUUUAAUGCUAAUGCACCAGAAAACUCUGUUAUCUUACAAGGCUAGACACAAGCUGUACCUUGUUGUGUACAAACAACUGUUCCCUUCUGCUGACAGAGUAAGAAAAGCAGGCUUAGAGUCAUACCAAGUUUGUAACUAUCAAAAUAUUUAUUGGAAAUUAUAAAACUUAAAUAAUAGCUAUACAUUAUAUACACACAGCUACAUGUUUUAGAAAAUAAGGUUCAUAGUUGACAAAGUUCAAGAGAAAGUUCAACUACAUCGAUACUAAGUUUUCUUGAAAUCCAGACUUUGUUCUCUACACUGCAGUUGCUACAUCACUUCAUUCAGAUACAGUUGCAGCACUUCACACAUUGCAGUUUGGUUACGCUCCUUCAAAUAAAUUAUUAUUUAUAAAUACAGACACUUCUGACUGGGCAACAGGGUUUGACCCCUUUCCUCGUGCUUCCUCAAACUUGUUGGCAUGUUUAAUGCAAACAAUAGUUAUUUUACCUCUUCUCUUUCUAAGUAGCACACACAAAAGUUCUCCUUGCUCAGAAGCACCAUGGAGUCCCCACUAGCAUGCCAGGAGAGAGACACGAUCUGGAAGUCACCUGCAGAAACAGAUCAGAGUUUCUCAGCAAGAAGCUGAUGGUCCAUCCUCUUACUCUGGGAAAAGGUAGCUGGAGUAAGUCCCACCAUCGGUGACCUAGAGUUCAGGAUCGCAUAUGUUCUACCUUUCCACAUCAGACUUAACACGCACACUUUUCCCUGAUAGAGCGUUGUGGCAGUUGUUUUCAGAACACCCAAAACCACCAUAGGCGUCUCAGUCUUUAUUUCGACACUUGGCAUUCUGCACAACUACAGUUUCUAUGUAAAAGAAGUGAUAUGGAUGGAAAUCUUGAGAAAGGAUUCAACGUACCAUACGAUUAAAGCAGCAAUUAAACUGC